ACGCAAUCACUUGACCUUUCCAAUUUAAUUUUCACUUGUUUUGUUUGUACAGAAGGAACUACAAGUCGACAAACAGCCAAUAUCGCAGCUUCAACAAAUUACACGCAUCCAAAUACUGCAUUUAUCUGCAAACAGCGCCAACUGAAAUAUACUUCAUGCAGAUCCUUCAGUGGCUGUUGAAGAUACCAGAGCAAGAACCUCCAAAAAUAGCAUCAAAUUCAACUAAAAAGGAAUGUGAUCAUGAGGAAAAAAAAGUAAUGCCUAAAGAGUUAGUGAUAUUGGUGAGCAAGCGGAGAAAACACGUGCCGAAGAGCAAAGUGAGCUGCGAAAAUUUGAUUCUUCUCCGUUUCUUCCACCAAACACUUAACCUCAAGGGACUAGGAGCCUUCAAGGGAUACCAAAAUCCAUUGCAGAAGAAGCCGAAGACGUCGAAGAAGAAGACAUCAGAAAACAAGGUUUUACCUCUUGGCGAGCCUUGGUCGAGAACCGACAGCAGCAGCAAUCAUGUCGCUGGUUCGGACAAGACAAAGAAGAAAAAGAAAGCAGUUUCGAGGAUGAAGGAGUUACUCAAAUGGGCUACCACUGCCAAGGUUUUGAAUUCGAAGAAAGAAGGUGUAAUUGGUUCAAAGCAGGUGGGGGCGGUGAAGGAUGACGUGGAAGAGUCUCCAAAGAUCAGUUUUAUAAUAGAUAUGGAGGAUGCAGCUGAAGCUGGAAUUGGAAACUGGAUCACCUCUGAUUCUGAAUUUGUGGUGCUCGAAUUGUGAGAGUCUGACUCAUCGUUGUCUCCAUCACGCGCUUCAUCUCUGCUUCUUCUACUAUUUAUUUUGUAAACUGACUCUAAACAUUUCUUUCUACUAUAAGACUUUCAUACCUUUGUGAUAGUAUUGGAUGAAUGUAACAUAUUUUUGGUUCUAUUACAAGGAAUAUUGUAACGUUUUACUCAGAUCAGAAUUGGGGAAUUACAUUAAUAGAUUUUUUAUGUUGAGGAAAUCGUUGUACUCUCUCUUCCAA